GGUGGGGUUAGGUGUGGGAGCCGCGCAGGCGCAGUGUCAGUGUUGAAGUGAUGGCGGCGGGCGGCGCGCUCUCCUUCUCGCUCCUGUUCUUGGCGCUCGUCUGUUUGCACCACGCCGGCCAGGGGCGGGCCGACAAGCGGCUCAAGAUGCAGUACGCCACCGGCCCCGUGCUCCGCUUCCAGAUCUGUAUCUCCUGAGGAUACAGGAGGGUGUUUGAGGAAUACACGCGGGUUAUUAACCAGCGGUAUCCCGACAUCCACAUAGAGGGAGAAAAUUAUCUUCCACAACCUCUCUACAGGCAUCUAGCAUCUUUCCUAUCAGUCUUCAAGCUGGUCUUAAUAGGACUAAUUAUAGUUGGCAGAGAUCCUUUUCCUAGUUUGGGAAUGCAAGCACCCAGCAUUUGGCAUUGGAGUCAGCAGAACAAGAUCUAUGCAUGCAUGAUGGUGUUCUUCCUCAGUAACAUGAUUGAGAAUCAGUGUAUGUCCACCGGUGCGUUUGAGAUUACAUUGAAUGAUGUUCCAGUGUGGUCCAAACUAGAGUCUGGUCACCUUCCAUCCAUGCAACAGCUUGUCCAGAUUCUGGACAAUGAAAUGAAACUCAAUGUACACAUGGACUCAAUUCCACUUCAUCGAUCGUAGCUACAUCUUAAGGCACUGGAAGCAUAUUUCUGCAUUUUAGUGGACAUUUUCCGAAGCACAGUAAGCCUGAUGACUAUGAAGGACUGCACUGAAAACAGCGAUCACUGUUUGUGUAGGCUGGAUGUUUCCCACAUCAGUCGUUACUGAACCUCCGAAAGCCUCCUCUAGAAAGCCGAUUGCUCCAGUGCUCGAAUACAUUGAUCAUAUUCAUCAUGUAGUGUACUGCGCACUUAUCAUUGUAAUUUGAACCCUUCCUUUUUUAUAAGUAAUUUAAUAUAACUUGAUGGCGCCAUUUACAGAUGUUAACUACAAACAACUUAUUUUGUGUUUGGUUGAAAUGAGUGGUCUGCUCGCAAUUUUUGUGUUGAACAUUGUAAUUUAGAAUGUAAUUAUAUUUUAACUGCAGGUCUAUUUUAACUUUCAACUUGUUGAAAAUCUAAAAAUCUGUUUGAAUCCCUGUAUAGGAAUCUAGCAAGCUCUAAGGGUUAAUGCCUAGCACACAUGUUAAAUUGGAACCACAAUGGGAAAUAUUUCCUGAAGUGUUUUUAUGAGGGAGGCUAACGUGAUGUGACUGUCCCUGUAAUACUGCUCCUAAAUCAGCAGGUUCCCAGUUUCUCUACGAUGGAGCAAGUGAAUGAAUUGAGUAUUACAUCGAAUUUAAAAGAAACUGAGAAGAAGGGGUUAAUGUGGAGUUAGGCGGGGACGACCCUGUGUGACUCGAUAGGUGUGGUAUAGCCAGGGAAGUUCUAGAAUGCACCUUAAAAAAAAUUCAUAUACAGCUGUAUUUUAGAAGACAUUUAACACAAGGUUAAACCUGCAGGUUGUGAGAGAGGAGGGAAUGUAACUUUAAGAAUCUGAUGUGCUUACAUAAUCUGUUUGAAAAAGCCCAGUGUUUGCAGGUGUGAGAGGACACUGCGAGAUUCUGCCUUUGGUCUUGUCCAAAAGAAAAGACCAGUGCAAACACUGGUGCUGGUCAGAGUGCUGACUGCUUGCUGCUGCUGUUUUCUCCUGCUGGGGUUUUGAGAAUUGUGUAUUCAGUCUGUACUGAUUUCUUUUGCCUCUGUAUGGUAUGGCAGUGUCUCUGACCUCAACUUCACAGUCUAGCAGUGUUUCCCUCUGUGAACCUGGCAGAUCUCAGUCAGACAGUCAGUGCCUCCAUUUCCUCCAGUUUACAUUUAGCAGAGGCUGAGGCACCUUCAGUGAUCCUCAGACACAAUAAAGACUGCCCUGGGCUUGCUCCAAGUGGAAAUAAUGUGCACAGUUCUAUUAAAGCACGUUUGCUCCAUUCAGUCUGCAAGUGUGUAAUGUCCUCAAUCAGUUUCUAUCCAGGAAGAAUUCUUUAUGUUGGAAUGUUAAAUUAAGCAUAAAAUUAAUCAAUCUGAUAACUUGUUGGUCAGUGUACAGUGAGACACACCUCGCUUCUGUUGCCUGUAAACCUGAGCUCCUUCCCACAGAAGGUGGCACGGGCUGGGCUGGGGAGAAAUUAACAUUAGAAUAAAGACUUGCAAUGCCAGCUUAAGGCUGCCCUUCUGUUUGCCCUGUUUUUAUUUGUCCCUCCCGCUGGAAAUGAACAAGGAGAAAGGUUACAAAAUGAACCAGUACAACUAGAGGCCUCCUUUAUGUAUUCAAAGUGAAACAAUUGCCCUUUCUUAUAAAUCAGUUAUAUUCAUGCUCAGUUUGUGUGGAUUUCCUCACCUGCUGCUCAGACUUAUGCCUUAUUAAUUACUCUUGGAUCCAUCGUAUUAAUCCUUGCAUUUGAUAUAGCUCUUUACCAGGUUGAUAUGUCACAAAGUGUUUCACAGAACAUACUGUAAAGUGUAGUGACUGUAUUUUGUGGGUGAAACACAGCAACCAGUUGCACACUGCAGUGUCCCAAAAUGUGAAGGGAGCUAUAUACAUGCAUGACUUUGUUGGAGCUCUCGAUAUAGUGCUUCAUUUUGUAACCUUCCACCCUCAUCUCUGACAGAUCAGUACGGGUUCCAAAACAACGACAAGAUUACAUUUGUAUAGCGCCAUUCACGUUAUUCGUGCCUCAAUUUCUUCAGUUCCUUUAGGGCAAUCUGUUCACGGCCAUUUCCUGUGUGUUUUUUUAUAAUUUGUACAUCCAACAACACCUUGCUUGUAUGUAGAGCCUUUCACGUAGGGGAGGGUCUUGGAGAGCUGAAACUAAAUCCAAAACUGAGAGGAAAAGACAUCAAUCACACAGCUGGCAAGAGACUGAUGUAAAAUCAUAUAAACCAUUGGCCUGGAAUAUCCUAAUCGGUUUUAAUAGUUUUAAACUCGAUGGUAGACUGCUCACGAACACUGCCACCGAGGCACCCGUUAGUUACACGUUUGUCCUUUAUCAAUAAAGAUCAGUGACAUUAAAGUUGCUGGUUUUGAUUCUUCCCUUGUUUCUUCAAAGUAGUUUAGAUUUUGGGGCAACUUUAUUCAGUUGUUCCCUCCCCCACCAAAACUCACUCUGGCAUUUGAAUAAAUCUCACCAGUUUAAUAUAUUAGUUCAAAUUGACCCAAAAGCUUCAAUUGGAUGACUUCUCUCUGUAAUUCGAGCCUGAGAUCUUUCGUUAGCUGAGAGAUGUGUCUAAAUGGUGAGAACGAACAUUUCCUGAAUGCAUCAUCAAGGCAGAUAUUUCUCAAUUUGCUUCUUUGCUGAAUUUAUUCCCUGCUCAUAGGCACUGCACUGCUUCCUAUAACAUAAUCCUCACAGCACAGAUUAUUUUACAUAGAGAUUAUUUCCUUGCCUGUCUGUUUUAGGUUGCUAGUGGCACACGCUCAACAGUACAGAGCUUAUAUGAGGAGGAGGAAAGGACAGUUAUAUAGGAACAUAGGAAAUGUUGGAUGAAGAAAGACCAUGGUCCACCAGUUCGUCUUACACCAUCCUGGCAGUCGCAUGCACAUGUCAUGUCCUCAACUACUCUUAAACUAUCCCAAAAUAAUAUUUCCUAAAAUAAAUCUAUUUCCGGGACCUGUCUUACACCCUGUGUUGUUGAUAAGAAAUUGCUUGCCUGUCUUUUGUUUUAAUCUGCCUAAUAAAUUGAUUUACUAAAAGUCAAA